AUGGAAGAAGUUGAGAGAAUCACUGAUGAUAUAAAGAUUAAGGACAGCAACACUACAGAGGAUAGCGAGUUAAUGAAGGAAUGGGAGACUUAUAUGCAUGAUUUUGUUCCUGAGGAUAUGAGCACCAUCGUUAUAGAGCCCAGACAGGAAGUGAGUUUUUAUGAGGAUGUCGGGGAUGAUUCAAUUUACAUUAGAGGAGCUUAUUUCGUGGGAUCUACCACUGGAAAGAAUAAGUUCAUUGACUUCUUUGUUGUUGACCCAGCAGGCAAAGUUAUCUUCAGCAAGAGAAAGUCUGAGGAAGGUAUAUUCAGGUUUAAUACUACUUUGCCAGGUACUUAUGCAUUUGUUUUCUCAAAUAUGAAGGAGAGAAGAGGAAUUAAAGACGUCACAAUAGCCAUUCAUACUCCAGGCAAUGAUAUCGAAGAUCAACAAUUUAACUCAUAGGAAGAAGCUGCAAAUGGCAAAUCAGAGGAGGUUGAUGUAGCUGACGAUUAGGAUAUUAAGAGCAUCAGAACCUUCUUGAAGGGAAUAUUCCAGGACUUGAGAAGCAUUUCAAUGGAGACUAAGUUUUCAAGCUACAGACAGCACACUCAUAAUGAAGCAGUGGAGGAAAACAACUAGUACAAUCUAUACAUGGUGAUAUUUGAGUCAAUAUUUUUCAUGGCUAUCUGCUUCGCACAAGUGUACUAUAUCAAAAACUUCCUGGAAAAUAAAAGAGUUAUCUGA